AGCCCUGUGCUGGUCAGAGCUUCCCCUUGGACUAACCGGUCUUAACAGCAAGGUUCCCACUCUGAUCCUUCCAAGAUGGCACCCAAAAAGAAAAUUCCCAAGAAGCCCAAGGUGGAUAAAGAGGAUGCAUCCAUCACCCCAGUGGUGGUGGAAGAUGCUUUGCUGGAUGUCGAACACCUCAAUCACUUGAAUAGUUUGUAUGACAGCGGUUCCAAUGGCUUCCACUGCACGGCCACGGAGGUUGAAGCACCGGACCAUGGAGCCAGCCUUCUGGAGGGGAUGAACCAGAUGCGCCAGAAGCGGUUCCUCUGCGAUCUCACCAUUGCCACCAAAACAAAGUCCUUCGAGGUGCAUAAACUCAUCCUGGCUUCCUGCAGUGAGUACUUCCACCGUCUGCUGCAGAGAGACCCUCAGCUGCACCGCGUGGAGCUCCACGACGUGUCCCCACUGGGUCUAUCCGCCGUCAUCACCUACACCUACACGGGGAAGCUGAGCCUCUCGCUGUACACCAUUGGCAGCACCAUUGCUGCGGCCACCCAGCUGCAGGUGCCGGCACUGCUGAACAUGUGCAGUGACUUCCUCAUUCGGGAGAUAGCCGUAGAGAACUGCAUGUACAUCACCAACAUCUCAGCCACCUACGGCCUCAACCAGGUGAAAGACACUACCCGGAAAUUCAUCCGGGAAAACUUCCUGGAAUUCUCCAAGACUGACCAGUUCAUGAAACUCCCCUUUGUUCAGAUCAAUGAGCUGCUGAUGGAUGAUGGCCUGCAGAUACCCAGUGAGGUUGCGGCCUUCCAGAUCGCUGUCAAGUGGCUGGAGUUUGACCCAAAACGGGUCCGAUAUGCUGCUGACCUCCUGGGCAACAUUCGAUUCGGCACAAUCUCAGCUCCAGACUUGGUCAACCUUGUGCAACCUGUGCCACACAUGAUGCAAGAUCCACAGUGCCACAAGCUCCUCGUGGACGCGAUGAAUUACCACCUGCUCCCCCACCAGCAAAACAGCCUUCAGUCUCGGAGAACCAGGAUACGUGGAGGCCAGAGGGUGCUUGUCACAAUUGGGGGUCGUCCAGCUUUGACCGAGAAGGCUCUUAGCAGGGAGAUCAGCUACAGGGACACAGAGGGAAACUGGAACAAGUUGACGGAGAUGCCAGCAAAAAGUUUUAACCAGUGCGUGGUAGUGAUGGAUGGAUUCAUCUACAUUGCGGGUGGUGAAGACCAAAACGAUGCCAGGAACCAGGCCAAGCAUGCAGUCAGCAGCCUGAGCAGGUAUGACCCACGCUUCAACACCUGGCUGCACCUGGCCAGCAUGCAGCACAGGAGGACACACUUCAGCCUGAGCGCCUGCAACGGGCUCAUCUACGCUGUCGGAGGACGCAAUGCUGAGGGCGUGUUGGCAUCUGUCGAGUGCUACGUCCCCACCACCAACAGCUGGCAGAGCAAGGCAAGCCUGGAGACACCUCGCUGCUGUCACGCCACCACCGUCAUUGAUGGCAAACUCCUGGUCACCGGUGGCUACAUAAGCCAUGCCUAUUCACGCACUGUGUACUGCUAUGAGCCCAGCACCAAUGCCUGGAGGGAGCAGGCAAGGCUCAGCGCCCCCCGGGGCUGGCACUGCGCGGCCACCGUGGCCGACCGAGCGUAUGUGCUGGGUGGGAGCCAGCUGGGUCCCCAGGGCGAGCGGGUGGACGUGAUGCCUGUGGAAUGCUACAGCCCAGUCACGGGGCAGUGGAGUUACAUGGCACCCCUGCCCACGGGGGUCAGCACAGCUGGGGUGGCUCUGCUGGAGGGGCGCUUGUGCCUGGUGGGUGGCUGGAACGAGAGCGGGAAGAGGUAUCAGAAAUGUGUGCAGUGCUACAAUCCUGACCUCAACGAGUGGGCCAAGGACGAGGACCUCCCUGAGGCCACCGUGGGGGUGUCAUGCUGCACCAUCAUCCUCCCACGCUCCCCGAGCUCCACGUCCCGGGCCAGCUCUGUGGCCUCGGCAGCUGCCAGCAUGUAAAGAGCUCUGAGUGGCACGGGGCUUAUGCCAGCAGUUAGGGAAGGAGACAGAGCUGAGGAAUGUGGGAUAGCUGCAUCUCCAUCCCACAGCUUAAGCAGGGAUUGCUCAAGCAGGGCAGACAUGGAAGCAAGCAGGAGAGAAGAGCUUUUCUCCUGAGCCUGCAGCACUGCAUUGCAGUGUGGAUUGGAAAAAAAUGGGAAAAAAAGAAGAGAAGCAAACUAGAAUAAUGCAGGAGAAAUUCUACUGUAGGAACAUUAUUGUAAGACACUUUCAAAACAACAGUAGUAUUGGUAUUAGGUAUAAGAAAGUGACAGGUCUAUAAUAUAUCUUGUUGCUCACAUAACAUUUGUUCAAGGGAAAUGCAUUUAAUAUUUACCUAUUGAACCUAGAUACCUUCAGACCAGGAAUAAAGUGAAUCUUGACAGCAAGGAAGAGAACUGUUGGAGCAACUCACCAAGAUCUCUUGCUCUUCCAAGUGCUGUGCUCUAGCUCAAGCAGAAGGAAUCAGGGAAGUGCUGGAGGAUGCUAUGAGGUGCCCUGAAAAUAAGCAUUAGCUGAAAGAGAAGCCCUUCACAUCUAAACCAGGAGCUUUUGCAGAUCUAUUCCUAGCCAAGUCCUCGUUCUUGUACCAUCAAGCUGACAGCUUGGUUUUGAACUCAAUCAGCACUUCCCCAUUACUGUAAAAGCAGAGUCUGACCUGUAAAAGGAGAACUGAUUAGGAAACUUCCAGGGGCAAGCACUUGCUCAGUACCUGGGGUCCCUCUCUGAGACAGUUACCCAUCUUUAUUAAAGCCCUGUCUGCCCUUUACAGAGGGCACAGGGACUGCAGACCCCCUCCUUACAGCACUGCAGAGCAGACUGGGGCUCUUGGGCUGAGUACGUCAGCGAGCAGCACUCGAAACCCAGCCCCGGUGGCUCUGCGAUACAGCCCCAGAGCAGGGAUAAUCUGUGACAAGCAGGAGGCAAGAGAGCAUGGCCGCUAUUUCCUGGUCUCCAGCCCAUGGUUAUUACAUGACAUCACACAAGAGUCACAUGCCGAGGCCAGGAUCUUCCAGUAACAGGAGCAUGUUUACAAGUGAUCCUAGACAGGCUCAUCACCUUUGUCUUGGGCCAAGGCAGCUAUGCACUGCUGAGCAUCUAGGCAAACACUCAUUUUUCUUCCGGUCUUUUUUGCACAACACAGUGAAAUUGCAUCCAGGAAAGCCCUGAGCCCUUUGAGGGAACUCCGACAUGCUAUAAGAUGCCAAGACAACAGCUUCAGUAAAGCAGGCUGGUUUGCGCUUCCUUUUGCGACUCACAAAAACUGAGCAGCUUGCAGAAGUUACAGGUCACAUAGAGAUAUUGAUCUUUCUUUGGAGAACUCACCCUCUCACUUAGAGUUCACAUCAAGCAUAAAGCUAUACAGAGGCAGAACAUCAUUUCCGCUCAAAUUCUGUUUUCCUCUGUGCAUUUUCACAUGCACAGCACACACUGCCCUGUGCAUUUUGGAGUGGGCUCCAUCCUGAACAGUGCUGGCAACCUCCCCUGGCUUAUAACUCCACAAGGCUUGACAAGGGAACCAUAUAGUCUUUGAGACAACACUGCACAAGCACUGGUGUAUUUGUUCCUUGGUUUUUUUAUUAUCACUUUUUACUCUAAGAGGCAGAACUGAACACUAGCAACAGAGGCAAGGGUGUUGCAGAAUUCCACCUGUGUGAGCUGUAUUGCCCUGCAGGGAAUUUUCUCUUUAAACAAUAAAGGCCACUCAUUUGCAGGGGAAAAA